AUGGAAAAGAUCUGGCAUCACACUUUCUACAACGAAUUGCGUGUCGCACCCGAGGAGCAUCCCGUCCUUUUGACUGAGGCUCCCAUCAAUCCCAAGUCCAACCGUGAGAAGAUGACACAGAUCGUUUUCGAAACCUUUAAUGCCCCCGCUUUCUAUGUUUCCAUCCAGGCCGUCCUCUCUCUUUACGCCUCCGGCCGUACCACUGGUAUUGUGCUUGAUUCCGGUGACGGUGUCACUCACGUUGUCCCCAUCUAUGAGGGUUUCGCUCUUCCACACGCCAUUUCCCGUAUCGACAUGGCUGGCCGUGACCUCACUGAUUAUCUCAUGAAGAUCUUGGCGGAGCGUGGUUACAGCUUCUCUACCACUGCUGAGCGUGAAAUUGUCCGCGAUAUCAAGGAAAAACUCUGCUAUGUUGCUUUGGAUUUCCAACAAGAAAUCCAAACCGCUUCCCAGAGCUCCAACCUGGAGAGAUCCUACGAACUCCCCGAUGGUCAAGUUAUCACCAUUGGCAACGAACGAUUCCGUGCUCCAGAGGCUCUCUUCCAGCCCAGCGUCCUUGGCCUCGAAAGCGGUGGUAUCCACGCCACUACCUACAACGCUAUCAUGAAGUGCGAUGUCGACGUCCGAAAGGAUCUCUAUGGAAACAUCGUCAUGUCUGGUGGCACAACCAUGUACCCAGGUAUCGCAGACCGUAUGCAGAAGGAAAUCACCGCUCUUGCUCCUUCCUCCAUGAAGGUUAAAAUUAUUGCGCCUCCCGAGCGUAAGUACUCUGUCUGGAUCGGUGGUUCCAUUCUCGCCUCCCUCUCCACAUUCCAGCAGAUGUGGAUCUCAAAGCAAGAAUACGACGAGUCUGGUCCAUCUAUUGUUCAUCGCAAGUGCUUCUAA